GUUCCGGGCCCUUUAAAAAGAAGGUUGCUGGAAAGGGGGCCGAGCCCCCGGCCAAGAAGCCGAAGACCGCCGCCCCUACCAAACAACCGAUCACCGAUGUGGUGGUGAUUGUUGACGAAGGGCACGCCUCUGCCUCCACCCCCCAGGAACAAAUCAAUCAGGAGUUCUUCGGGCGGGAGAGGUUGGAGGCGAUAGUGCCGAAGGGGGCCUCCGUGCUGGAGGGCAGUUUGAACCCUUCGGCUUUGAUGAGCCAGAUGCUGCCGUCGGCCGACCGGCUGGCCCUUACCCGGCUAGACGAGGGACCCCUCGAGGCGAAGGUCCUCCUGAAUGCCGCCUCCGCUUUCAUGGGCCUCUGCGAGCACCUCCGAAGGGUGGAUCAAAUGAGGGAGGCCAAGGGUGCCGUCGAGGGGGAGGCUGCCCUCCUCAGGAAGAAACUCGCCGAAGCCGAGGACUCUCUACGGCUGGCCACCGACGGCAUGGAGCAGAGGUUGCAGGCAGCAAGGGCCGAAGGGGUCAAUGAGGGGCUAGCCAGGGCCGGGGAGGCCGCCGCCGAGGCCGCCCGUAUCGCUGCCGAUGAAGCCCGCGCGGCUCAAGAAGAGGCCGUCUCCAAGGCUCGAGAGGAUGCGGUGGCCAGCUUCGUGGCCGAGGGGUGGAAGGCCGAAGACCGGAGGGAGUGGCUGGCUUCGGUGGUGGGGGCUUCAGUAGAUGAGUGGGUCGGGGGCCCCGGGAAGAUGUGGCUUGCUGAGAGGGGCGACUCGUACUACCAAGGCGGGGAGUUCUUCACCCAACGCCUCAUCUACCGGAAGCUUGCGAAGCACUUCCAGGUGGCACCGGAGGAGUUCCG